GAAGUUGUCCCGCCGGGCUGACGUAGCGUCCCACGCAGAACCUCAGACACUCGGCCUUCAGCUGCACCCAGUCCAGGGCCCAGAGGUCCCACAUGCCCCCCACCUCUGAGUCUGAUGAUACAACAGCAGGGGGCGGAAAUUACGGUACAGAGGCUCCGUCCGUCGCUGUGCGGAGCUCAGGAGUUCAAUCGGCCUGCGUUGAACACAAGGCACCGUCCCAUGAUUCAUUCAGUCGAUCACAGACACCAGUAGACGGACUCGACCACGGGAACUCCUCUGAGCCGGUGCACCAAGAGACUGCGGGCUGUACUGACGGUAGCAAGUGUCCCGCUGAAACGCAGGAUUUUCUAGGUAGCCAUGGCGGAUGUUGGUGAGGUUUUGAUGUCGGUUUUGUCUACAAUUCGGGUUCCAAAACCCGGAGACCGAGUCCACAAAGACGAAUGCGCCUUGUCAUUUGCCUCGCCGGAAAGUGAAGGAGGCCUGUACCUGUGUAUGAACAGUUUCCUGGGCUUUGGAAGCCAGUAUGUGGACAGACACAGUGCUAGGUCUGGUCAGAGGGCGUACCUGCACAUCACCAGGACCCGAAAGUCAAAGAAGGAAGAUGAUGCUAACUCUGCCUCUGGACACCCACCAAAGAAGAAGCCCACCAGGCUGGCCAUCGGGAUCGAAGGAGGCUUUGAUGUGGAGCAAGAACAGUAUGACGAGGAUAUAAAGGUGGUGAUUCUACCUGACCGACAGGAAGUGACGUCAGAGGACCUUAACAACAUGCCUGAUGUUGUGAAGGAGCGGGUGUCCCUGUCCAUGGCUGGUAUCAUGGCCGCCGACUCUGUGUCUCACACGUUACAAGUUCAACAGUGGGACGGAGAAGUGAGACAGGAGUCCAGACAUGCUGCUGAACUUAAACAGCUCGACAACGGGCUCAAGAUCCCACCAAGCGGUUGGCGCUGUGACGUUUGCGACCUCCAGGAGAACCUGUGGAUGAACCUGACAGAUGGCAAGGUGCUGUGUGGCCGCAGAUACUUCGAUGGCACUGGGGGCAACAACCACGCCCUUCUUCACUUCCAGGAGACGGGAUAUCCACUGGCCGUCAAACUGGGUACCAUCACUCCUGAUGGAGCAGAUGUGUUUUCCUACGACGAGGACGACAUGGUGCUGGAUUCCAAGUUACCGGAACAUUUGAGUCACUUUGGCAUCGACAUGAUGACCAUGGAGAAGACGGAGCGGACGAUGACAGAGCUGGAGAUCGCUGUGAACCAGCACGUGGGUGAGUGGGAGGUGAUCCAGGAGUCGGGGACCACCCUGCGUCCUCUGUACGGCCCUGGACUGACUGGUAUAAAGAACCUGGGCAACAGCUGCUACCUCAACUCUGUCAUGCAAGUGCUCUUCACUGUUCCGGACUUCCAGACCAAGUAUGUGUCCAACAUCGACAAAAUCAUUGACGAAGCUCCGAGUGACCCCACGCAGGACUUCAAGACUCAAGUAGCCAAGCUGGGCUACGGCCUCUUGUCAGGAGAAUACAGUAAACCAGCACCAGACCCUGGGGAAGAAAAUGAGUCGUCUGAGCCCAGGGGGGACCAAGUCGGUAUAGCACCUCGGAUGUUCAAAGCACUUGUUGGGCGGGGCCACCCGGAGUUCUCCACCAAUCGUCAGCAGGACGCUCAGGAGUUUUUAUUGCACUUCAUAAACAUGGUGGAGAGAAACUCUCGCUCUGGGCCCAACCCGUCUGAGGCCUUCAGGUUCCUGGUGGAGGAGAGGAUUGUGUGUCAGCAGUCACAAAAGGCCAAGUACACACAGCGGGUGGAUUACAUCAUUCAGCUGCCGGUGCCCAUGGACCAGGCCGUCAACACAGAGGAGCUUCAGGAGGCGGAGUGUCAGCGUGAGGAGGGCGGAGACUUCUCACCCCUGACCGUGCGUGCACAGAUCCCCUUCACAGCGUGCAUGGCAGCUCUCAGUGAACCCGAGGUCCUGACAGACUUCUGGAGCUCAGCCGUGCAGGCCAAGACUACUGCUACCAAAACAACACGCUUCGCCUCGUUCCCUGACCACCUGGUUAUACAGAUCAAGAAGUUUACCUUUGGCCUCGACUGGGUUCCUAAAAAACUGGACGUGAGCAUCGACGUUCCCGACACUUUGGACCUGAGUGCGUUACGUGCAACCGGACAGCAGCCGGGGGAGGAGCUCUUACCAGAGGUGGCCCCGCCCCCACUGGUGACCCCCGAUGUGGAGGUUAAAGGUAUCCUGGGUUUCCAUGGCAACGAGGAGGACGAUUCACUCUACUCCCCACUGCUGUCUCCGGUGCUGGACGACGCCACUGUCUCCCAGUUAUGUGAAAUGGGAUUCCCCAUGGAAGCCUGCAGGAAAGCAGUGUAUUACACUGGGAACACUGGAAGUGACUCUGCCAUGAACUGGAUCAUGAGUCACAUCGAUGAUCCAGAUUUCUCCGCCCCCCUGGUUAUGCCCGGCUGCAGCUCUGGCCCCGGGACCACGCCCACAGAGAGCAUUUCUGAGGAGCACCUGGCGACCAUCGUGUCCAUGGGCUUCAGCAGGGACCAGGCGACCAAAGCACUUCGGGCCACGAGUAACGUCCUGGACAGGGCAGUGGACUGGAUCUUCUCUCACCUGGAUGACCUGGAGUCCAUGGAUGUGUCUGAGGGAGGGCGCUCCGCUGCAGAGAGUGAGGGUCGAGAGCCGCCCCCUGGGCCACACGUCAGAGAUGGAGCGGGCAAGUAUGAGCUGAUUGCUUUCAUCAGUCACAUGGGGACGAGCACGAUGUGCGGCCACUACGUCUGUCACAUCAAAAAGGAUCAACAGUGGGUCAUCUUCAACGACCAGAAGGUCUGUGCUUCAGAGAAACCUCCCAAAGACCUGGGGUACCUCUACUUCUACAGGAGAGUGGCUCAAUGAGACAGACCAGUGUUUCUGUAUCAUUAUCUUUCGGUUUUUUUUUUUUCCC